AUUGCCGUCACUUUCUUCUUUCCUCUCUUCAUUCUCAAUUCUAUCUUCUCUUUCUCUUUCUUGUCUGUUUUGCCUUCAUUUCUCAAUCAUGUAUGCUUUUCACCAAGAACAGCAUCUUUAUGCCUUGCAUAUGGCACAAGAAGAAAUGCUAAAAUCUACCCGUGAAAAAAGUUGGGUAAUGACCUCUCACGAGGCUGGAUUCGUCAAACUUCCCAAUGAACGAAUUCUUUAUACUUCACCCCCUCGAACGAGUUUACAAAUUUCUACGACGACUACACCUCCUGGCGCAGAGCCAUAUUCAGCCAAAAGUGAUGCUGGGGUUGUUUAUAUCAGUAACCAACGAAUAAUUUAUCUUCCAAGUACACCUACCCCCGAACUUCAAUCAUUUUCUUCGCCAAUUCUCAACUUGCAAGAUAGUUAUGUUCGUGCGCCAUUCUUCGGUGCCAAUUACUGGACUGCUCUCUGCAAGCCGGUCUCGGGAGGUGGAAUUCCUCCAGACUAUCCAUCGGUUGAGCUCAAGAUGACAUUCAGAGAAGGCGGGGCUUUCGAUUUUCAUUCUUGCUUGGAGCAAAUAAAGGAGCGUCUAUACCAAGUUUAUAGUGUCGCACGCGAACAUGGAGGAAGGGGAACGAGUGGAGUAGAUUUGGCGAACAUGGAUUUAGAGCAAUUACCUGCCUAUGAAGCUGCGACAGAGGUUGCAGAUGAGGCACCUGAGGUAGCUCGAGAUAGCGGGGUAGCAAGCACAACUGGAAGUUCACGGCCCGAGACCUUCACCGCGCCAGCUGAGCCCCCUCCAGAUUAUGAAGAAGCACAAGCACAAGCCGUUUCGGUGGACCUGGAUCAGCGAUUACGAGAGCAGGCCGAGAGAUAAUGAGAGGGGGUAAGCGACAUAUAUAGAAUGCUGUGUUACAUAUAUUUUGUUACAUCGGGUAUUACGAAGUCAUGAAUAAAUGAAUACUGGGAAGGUAGGACAUCUAUGGAGGGGGGAAAGGCGUUCUUCUAUCACAAAUUUGCACAUACGAUUUGGCACGGUCUAUGAUCAGAAAUGGGGCUAUAAAGCAGCACUGCAAUGGCGUUUUGAGAGGUUGAUGAUAAAUUGCUUCAAGAUGGAAUUGAUGUCUAAAAUAGUCUGAAAUAGCUAGUAUAUCAUGAGAAAUGAAUAAAAAUUAAAAA